CAAACAAACAAAAAAUUCCAUUCACCUCUACUGUAUAGAAGACAAAUACAACUGAAACUCUGCACACUAGAUGCGACCGGAGAGACCUCAGAGCAGCAUCAUGAUGGAAAGGAUCUUGCUGGGUGUCCUGUAUCUCUCAGGCUGGUCCAUCUUCUCCACAUGUCGUCUCCAUCAGUACCACUUUGUUGCUGAACCCAUGAAUUGGACUGAAGCUCAGACCUACUGCAGAGAGACAUACACAGACCUGGUCACCAUUGAAAACACUGAAGACAUGAACCAACUCAUCAACACAGUUUCAUCUGCUGGUUACAACAGUCAAGUCUGGAUUGGCCUGUACAGAGUCAUUGAUUGGAAGUGGUCAGAUGGGUACAGAGGGAGUGGAGAUGAAUAUAGGAACUGGAGAUCCAAUGAACCAGAUUUAGGGGCUGAUGAACUCUGUGUAGUGAGUAGAGGUAAAGAUCAGUUAUGGUGGGAUGAUUUCUGCCAAGUUCAAAAUGUUUUCAUCUGUUAUAAUGGAACACAGCUGGAUCCUCAAUUUGUUUUUGUGAAUCAACCAAUGAACUGGUCCAAUGCUCAGAGGUACUGCAGGGAGAACUUCACAGACCUGGCCACUGUAAGGAACAACACUGAGAACCAGGAGGUCAUGAACUUGGUGCCAGUACCAGUAAAGAGGUGGGUAGUUAAGCUGAGGAUGAAGGCGCAGGACUCCUCUGUGGAUCUCAAUGACCCUGCUGUGAAAGCAAACAUCCUGAAAAAGUUCCAGGACAGACUGAAGGAGCAAGGAGUGAGUGGAGUCACCCUGAAGUGGAGAGAACAGCCUGAUGGGAAAGUCUUCCACAAGGAGGGAAAAGAAGAGAAGAAGAAAAAUAGAAAGAACACUGAGCUCUGAAAUGAAAACCCAGCUUUACUUAUCUGUAAUCCAUGUUGAAUGUUGAUUCUCUAUCUGCUAACAAUACACUAUCAUCAGCUUAACUGUAACCUUGACUACGUCCUGUAUAGAAGAGUUUUAUCCUUCCUCAUCAAUAUUACUGUGUGAAGUGUUUCAAUCAAAGUCAAUUUUCUUCCAAAUAAAACAUAUGAGAUAAGUCUUUGGCUUCAAGUUUACAGUGUGUGAACCAACCUGAUAAAAGCAACAGACACACAGUUAUGGCAGUGAUUUAUUGCAGAAUAAUAAAGUAAUCUAGGUGAUAAUGGGAGCACUGGUAGUCUGCAAAGGCCUUCCAUCCAAACUUUUGAAAUCUGUAGACUUCUGUUGCUGCACUCAAACAAAAACACUUUAGCAAAAGGCAAGAGUACUAAGAAAAGACACAACUGACAAAUGUAUGAAAAAGUGUGAGUAUCUUAUAUAGAUAAUAUGAUAUAGGCUGAUAAUAUAGGCUGACACAGCAAAAUCUAUCCACUUCACAUUCCCUCCAUGACAGCCAGUGGAGGAAGAAGUUUUUACAUCCUUUACUUCAAAGCAGCAAUACUACAAUAUAACAUAAGUAUGAUGAGUAAAACGUAGUAGAAGUAUAACAAGUGAAAAUAGUGGUUGUGCAGUGACGUUAAUAUGACAUUAUUAGAUUAUUAAUACUGAUGCAUCAGUGUGUGAACAACAUUUUAUUGUUGUAGCUGGUUAAGGUGGAGCUAGUUUGAACUACUUUAUAUACAGCAAACUUAACUGUAGGUAGUUAAGUCCAGUGGUUCCCAACCUAGGGGUUGGGCCCCUCCAAAGGGUCCCAAGAUAAAUCUGAGGGGUCAUGA